GAAAGUAUAUCUGAGAACACCGCACUUUGAAGUAUGUGUGAAGACUAUAUACUGCAGUAACAAUGAAUAACGCGUGCUUUUCGUUGAUCAGGGCGAAAAACAAAAUUGUCUUCAAUUCUUUCUUUCUAUUUGAUAAUUCAUGCUGAAAUUAUCCUCAUUGCUAAGCAUGAAAAGAAAAGUAGAUCAUAUAAACAUAAUUGUCAUGUUUGGGAUGAAUCAAAUAUGUCAACACGCAAAGAUAAUGAUUUUAAAACCUUGCUGUCUAUUUCAAAUUUCUCUCACUUUGUGCACUUGAUGAAACCAUUUAACAUUCAAUAUCUAUUAACCUACUUCCUAUUAAGUCUCUUGAUUUCUAAAUUUUAGUGGGUUAUAUUUGGUGGCAAUUGUGUUUAGUGGUGAUCGAAUGUUAAUCACUAACGACGAUAUAUUUCCAAUGAUUGAAGUUGAUGAAAAUUAUGGUAAUAAUUUAUUAGGAGAUUUUCAUUGGUUUAUGAAGCUCAGUUACGAUUGGGAUAGUUUAAGACGUUUACGUCCAAGUUUUUCACGUUGUACAAGUGCAACAACAUUUUUUUUACGAAUAAAACUGGUUCAAGCAGCAAUGUCAUUACAAGUGAUUCUAAAUACGACCAAUCUUGGACGCUUGCAUCAUUGCUUCUUUCGUGAUAAUCAUGAAAAUGCUGUAUUUAUUUUGGUUUGUGAACUACCGUGUGAUGUACGGACAUGGCCUCUCUAUGUAAAAUGGUCACCUAUUAUACGAGUUCAAGAACAAAUGCAAGCAGAGACGAGUAAUAAAUUGACGUGUAUGCAACAAAUUGCGGAAAAACUGGGAGUAGAAAAAAGUUUAGAACGUGGUUUAUAUUUGGCAUAUUUAAAAACGCGAAGUACUUUAGAUUCAGUUCGAGUUAUGGUGCACGCACAAAUGCCAGGCAGUUUGCCAUGUGCAAAAAUAAGAGAUGUGUCGAAUGUGACAAAAGAGGAAUGGAUGUGGCUACAUCAGAACCCACCAUCAGGAACCACAAAUCGGCAUCGUUUAAUCUCAGUAUCUUCAUCAUCAUCUGCCGACGAAGAUUUAGAAUUGCCAAUGGUAACAUUUAAACAACAAAUCGGUCAGGCAGCCGAGGAAUUGCGCCUAAUGUUGAAUAUGUCCGAGAAGCGUUUUAUGAAUAGCCGUAUAUACGAUACGCAAGUUGUAGAAGUUCGCGAUGAUUUAUCAUUUAUUAUUUUAUUAUCGACUGCUAAUGAAGUGAAUACCUUAUCGUCACCUUCUGAACUGAGACAAAUACAAGAAAAUAAUUUUAUAUAUCUACCAGUUCAUAUAUUUGAAAUGUUACAACAUUUGAGUAAUAAUUAUCAGUUUAUGUCGGACUAUAGUCGUGUAUCAAUAAGUCUCGAGUCUGAAUUACUGAUUGCACAACAAGUUCAGCGUGAAGCGUUCACCAUAACAGAAAUAGAUGAGUCAAAAACACGUCUUAGUCAUUUGCUCAAUUGUCAACAAGAGUUAGAUGAAAUUUGGCGUAUAUCACGAUGGUUGGUAGAUGUUAUCAACUGUGCUAAAGAUAGAUCGUAUGCUGGUAUCUCAUUAAAAUCAUGGUUAUCAUUGGAAGACACGUCGACUCCUGCCUCACCAACCACCAAUGCACAAGAUGAAUUUCUAUUCAAAAUUGAACAAUUGGCAACUAAUGAUGCUUAUACUUCAGACAGUACACUAAAGGUUGUGGAAUUCAAAUCAUCGUCAUCAAAUUCAGCUUUACUUUUAUUACUACCAGCAUCAAAAGUGAAUGCAAUUCCGCACAAUGUUAAUGAUGGAAUGGCAGAUGCUGCUACAAUAAUGAAGAAUAACAACAUUAAUCCAAUUACAGAUAGUGGAUUGCUUGAAAAUGACUGGACAUCAUGUGGACUGUCACCGAUAUCACUGAUUUUCUCAACGUCAUCGAUCGAUACCCAACAUUCUCCAGAUCAUGUCGCUGAUAACGGAAAUGGUUUCAAAUUAUACGUACCUACAACGUAUCAUAAUGAAGCUGAAUCUCAUUUGGUUCCAAUGAUGGUUGUUGCUUUCCAAUUGCGUCCAUUUAAAACCACUACCUGCAAAGAUAUUGUUGAAUCAGUUAUCAAUCACGUGAAAACAUGUCGUGUAUUUAGACAAUCAACAUUACCAGACAACUAUCAUCAGUCAAAAUUUCAGCCAUCAUCCGGCUGCCUCAUAUGGACAUUCAAUGGUCAACAACAAAUACUGGAUGAACAGCUGACCGCUGGGGAAUUAAUCGAAUUAUUAACAGCUCAUGGCGGACAGAUUCAGCUUAAAUGGAUUAAGCCACCAGUACUACCACUUACAUUACUACAAUAA